AGCAUACCGGAAAUGGACCAGCGGAAGAAGAAGAAGAAGAAGAAGCACCAGACUCUCCUUCGCUAGCUAGCUAGCUGCUGCUGGGAAGUAGCGUCAAAAAAACCAGGACAUUAUCAUCAUGAGUUAUGCAGAGAAGUCGGAGGACAUAACGAGGGAGGAGUGGAUGGAUAAACUCAACAAUGUCCACAUACAGAGAGCUGACAUGAACAGGCUCAUUAUGAACUACCUGGUCACAGAGGGCUUCAAGGAGGCAGCGGAGAAGUUCAGGAUGGAGUCUGGAAUAGAGCCCAGUGUGGACUUGGACUCCUUAGAUGAAAGGAUUAAAAUCAGAGAGAUGAUCCUGAAGGGGCAGAUCCAGGACGCCAUUGCACUUAUCAACAGUCUGCACCCAGAGCUGCUGGAUACGAACCGUUACCUCUACUUCCACCUACAGCAGCAGCAUCUGAUCGAGCUGAUCCGUUUGAGGGAGACCGAAGCCGCCCUUGAAUUUGCCCAGUCACAGUUAGCAGAGCAGGGGGAGGAGAGCCGAGAGUGUCUGACGGAGAUGGAGAGGACUCUGGCCCUGCUGGCUUUCGACAACCCCGAGGAUUCGCCUUUUGGAGAUUUGCUCAACAUGAUGCAGAGACAAAAGGUAUGGAGCGAAGUGAAUCAGUGCGUGCUAGACUAUGAAAACAGAGAGUCAACACCCAAGCUGGCCAAGCUCCUGAAGCUACUGCUGUGGGCUCAAAAUGAACUCGACCAAAAGAAAGUGAAGUAUCCCAAAAUGACAGACCUCAGCAAGGGAACCAUCGAAGACCCAAAAUAAGGACCCACAGUGAAAACAUACCACAUCAUUACAAAAAAACGGACACAUUUCCUUUAUCUAUUUAUACCCCAACAACCUGACUCGUAGAGAGUACAACCUUUUCUUUUUUUGUAAGGGUUGCUUUUUGAUACUUUAAUAACUUAGAAUGUGCAAACUGGAUCGAUGGCAUUUUAAAAUGACUUCACACACUAAAGUAACAUGCAGACUAUUAUUUACUUGGUAUUAUAAUUUACAUAUUUGUUUAUGUAAGAAUAGUAUAUUUCAGUUACACUAGUUUUUCUGUCUGUUGGCAGGGAAAAUUGUUGGCAUUGGAGGGUGUGAAUAAAGCCUAAAUUAGGCGGUCACUUUCUGUGCGCGACCAGUUUGGUGUUCAGGGAAAACAGUUGGCUCGGUGUGCACUUCCUCAAAGAAACAUAAACUUUUACCUUACAUAGAAACAUACACAUUUCAGCUCGUAGUUUUUAGCUAGUACUCUCUGUGACGGCGUUAGCCAAAACAAGAUACUUGAGAUCUUUCAAACUACUGUGACUUUGAAAGUUAGAUUCUGCUUAAGACUCGUGCCGCAUUAAUAUUGCUUGAGACAUUAUAAAAAAAGAUGCAAACUUAGACUAGAACAAAGCGAAGGAAACGUUCAAGCUAUACAUCACGGUAGCAGUCAACAUAUGGGACAAGAGAAGAUUCCUGAAAUGCUGAAAAGCUUCGAGGCAGCCUCAGUUUCAUCCCGCUGUAAAAUAUCACAGAUGAUAUUAAAAGAUGUGAAUGAAUAAAUCUAUGUCCACUGACAUGGAGACCCCUUUACAGAUGGAUUAUUUACAUGUAUGGAAUGAGUAGCUCUUUUGCUAAAUUUGAUGUGCUUUUUUUUU